AUGAGGUGUUCUAGAGAUAAUGAGCUCUUAUCUUUUCACAACACAACCCAAAGAAAAGGCCCCUUUACGUUUUCUUCUCCAAAGAGGAUUGGUUACAUUGCCCGGCCUUUGUUUCUCGCCACUCACGACCAGGCCUGUCCUGGUACUCAUUUAAAAAACAACGUUCCGCCUGAAAUCACCAACAAUUGCCGACUUACUGUUUAUUCUGCGAUAUUUGCUGUUUACUCUAUGCCUGGUAGUAAUGUCAAGACCUUUGAAUUAUAUAAACUCAAGCCUUGGCGACUAUUUGAACGCGUUGCCAAAAGAACUCGUCUAAGAAAAGCUAAGCUAGCUGCAUCCGGCCUACAACAGCCCAGAUGUGCCUGUCCAGCUCACUCCCAAGUAACUAUAAAACCACCGCACAUCCCUUUGACCAGCAUCUUACUUGACCUUCUUCCUUUCGAUCUAACCAGCCCCAAGCACUAUCUGCAAACCAUCUUCUUUUAUUUUAUCAUUGGCUUAGCUCUGUUAGUAUGGAAGUAUUAG